UUCAAGGAUUUAGGUAGAUGUUGUAACAGAACAACCUUUGAUCUUACACAAUGGAGAGGAUAUUAAUGGACAUAAAAUUUAAGAGCUAUAGGGCGGCCCGCGCCAUUGAUCCUAAACCGAAGGGGCCAGCAGUGUAAAGAAAGUUGCCUCUAACCCCUACAUGAGUGGGUCCAGGGCAAAUCUGAAGGAGGGGCAGUUUGUAUUUGGGAUGCUGAAAAUUUUCAGAAAUUGGUGGCUAUACGCAACAAUUACAGGCCCUAACUACUGACAGAAAGCUUUCUACUCACGUUCUAAGUUCUAAAGGAAAUUUCAACUCGGUGUGGGAGGGGCAACGGGCUCUCGCGAACCUGGAAAUCCCCGCAGCGGCGCAAGCAAGGUGGCCUGAUGGAAUGAUCUUUUUCAAUCAAAGUGCAAAGUAAAUCUUUUGUAAUGCAAAAUGUUAAUAUAGCACAAAAAGCGGAAUCAGAGCAUUCUAUGUAUCGUGCACAAACUCCUAUUCCAGCAAGACACAAAAGGAAAUAGAAAACUGAAGAUUUGAAAGACCAUGUUUAACCGCACGUUAAUGGUUACAGGACGCUCACGGGAUCACCAUUUCUAUGUCGAUUCUAAAAAUAAAUGUUACACGAUUAUAAAUUGGUGUAAGAAAUCUGCAAGAAUCAGAAUUUUUAAGUCGUUGAAAAAGAAGAAGAUUUUUUGCAAUAUUGAAACUGCUAAAACGCCGAGCAUUCACUAGACAGCGAUUUCAGUCAAAAUGAAGUCACCCAAGGUUGCCCCUUUGGAACUUUUUCCAAGCGUCGAAGUUCAACUGUGUGAUUACGAAUUCAAAGAAAAAAGCUCAGACAACAUUCUGGAUGAGAUUCUAAGAGAGUGCAACAAGUUCGGAGUAUGUGAAACCUCAAAGGUCGUGUUUGAACUGAAAGAAUAUGAUGAUUUUGACAAGUUUUCCAAAAUCAAGGAAGAGGUGCAAUGUAGACAUGCUGUUGGAAAAAAGUUACCUCAUUUCUUAUUGAAAGAAAAUUCAUCAGAGGGAAAAUUUCAACGAUCAUAUUGGCCAAGUAACUGGACAACUUCAGUAACAUAUACAUCACAUGAUCCAUCUCAAGAAGAUUUCUUUGCUUAUCUUAGCAAAAUAUGUGUCCUUUGCUGCUGUCUUGUUUGAAGAUGUUGCCUUUAACAUAAUAGGCAUUAAAAACUAUGGAAGUCCUCCUCUUUCCAUUUUGACACUAUCCAUAGAUUAUGUUGUCAGACCUGUUUUAGAUCUGUUUUAAAUCUGCUUUGAGAUCCUCCUUUGAGAGAUCUCAAGAACCAAUCAGAAAUGAACUUGAUAUAAGUUCUAAUAGGUUUCCCUGAGAUAAGGCCCUCAGGCUUUGGGAGGUUUGAGAGGCCCUGGGGCAAUGCCGAAAGAUGAGGCCCCAAAACUUUUUGCGACCAUGGCCUUCAGAUAAGCUCAAAAUUCAUUUUGGAACAUUUCUUUAAGUCAUUUUUGCAAUCGUUCAGGGUUGUGUAUUGAAAUUGAAUUAUAUAAAAAAAAUUAUAGACGAUUGCAGUUAAGAAUAAAUCAAUAUAUAUGCAAAGAAAUAAAAUCUGUUGUUGUUUAAUUAUUCUGAAAUUUUUGCCCUCUUGUCUUUAACAUGGGCUCUGACACAGGUUGGACAGUUGGGGGGCAAGGAAAGAUUUAACACCCAUGACAAAAGAUUUCUAGAAAGUUCUUUUGUCCUGCAAAAAAGUGUGGACCAUGGCCGUCUUGCCCCUUUCGUAGAAGGCCAUGUAAUAAAGGACUGCCGUAGGAAUCUUGCAAGGGUCUGAGCCAAAUAAACAUGCUAUUGUUAUCAAGAGAUUUUGUCAAAGAGGGUUAUUUAAAGAGACACGUAAUUUGCAAGUAGAAGUUGCACUCUUUUUCAUAAGUUACACUAGUUACACUUAAUUUUUAUCGAAAAUCUGAGGCUGGAUUGUUCUUAACUUGUUCUUAUAAGCAAGGACCGCGGAGCAUAUUACAAAUUGAGGGGGGCUAAAACGUUUUAGGGAAUAAACAUACUAAAAAUCAAAAGCAGGGCGAAUUUUUGUAUGGCUUUAAGUAUAUUUUAGAAGUUUGGGGGACUAAAGCCCUGUACCCCCCCCCCCCCCGCUUCCGUGGUUCCUGGGUGUAAGCAGUGAGAUUGCUAGCUUUUUCGCUCUGGGGAGGUGUACCAGCCUCAUUUGCCAAACAAAGUGAUUGAGAAAACCUUGGUUUGCUGACAAGUUUGAAUAUUCACCGGAAAAGGGAACAACUCAUGGCUAAAAUAAUCGAUUUUGAGAUGACACAUUGUUCAAAAUUGCAUUUCACAGUAGCUCAGCCUCAGCUUGUUCUUAAUUUGUUCUUAACUUUUGACCAGUUGUGAGGCUGGUGUCUUUAGAAAAUUGUUCUUAUAAAAAAGAGUUUAUAUUCAAUGUUACUGCUUUAAACGAGUAACGUAUUCUUGUAAUGACGUAAUAACGUAAAACGUAUAACUUUUAUACAUUGGAGGGAUUGCAUUUAUACUUUUGCCCCUCAGGUGCCAUCAAUAUACUCUUUAUACUCUAAAUAUUACCCCCCCCCCUCCAUUGUAAAGAAUAACUGCCUCCAUUUGAUGAUCUUCUCUCAGGAAAAUCAAUUUAGGCUUUUGGUGUACCAGCCUACCAGCUCUUGUUUGUUUUGUCGGUGUUUUCCGAUAUACUUGUCCAUCAUACAAGGUAGUAAGGUUGUGUGAAAAGAAGGGAAAAUGACUCCGAGCUACCAAAAAAAGAAAUUUACAAACCUGAUUGAUGAGCUCUUUACAGUGUACGUGCUUGGGUUACGAACGCCCCACGUGUUAUUUACCAAACAAUUAAUUCACAUUUCUGCUUGUUGCCUGGUUGUUCCACUUGUUCCUGGGUUGUUACUGGGUUGUUAAUGGGUUGUUACUGGGUUGUUCCGCUUGUUCUUUGAUGUAGAAUCGGCGCUUCUUGUUUAUCAAGAUACUCCCCUCGAGAUAAAAGUAGCUACAGCUCUGAAGUACCAAUUUGACUUACGUGGCCA